AUGAAAGCGUUUGCCGAGUCAGACGUACGACCACCAUUUACGUUACGUUGCUGUGGUGAAGACAUCUUCAACAUCUAUUCGCUUCUCAGAGAUUUCAACUACCACUACCAUACCAUUGGCGAGAUUAUUCAGUCUAAGCUUCAGAUCCUACAACCUUGCUUCGCUAGUUUGAAUGCUGAUCAUCUUCGCGAACUAGAAGAGUUCCUGGGUCCCUUUCAAGAAACGUUCGAAUCAUUGGCACAAGAGCAGCCCAACUUUCACAAGGCAAAUUUUCUAUUCUGUUGA